CACAAAAUCAACAUUAUUCAAACAAUUUAAUAAACCGCGUCUCCGGUCUCGGCAUUGCAAAAUUUUUCAUGAUCUGAUUUUCGUAGUUUUACAAAAAAUAUAUUAUAAAACAUAAAUAUUACAAACAUCAAGUUGUAACGCUGAUUAUACUAGAACAGUUUCCUAUCCAUAAUGCAAGUAUUUUAACCGGUAUAACCUAACGUAAACGUACAAAAAUAUGACUUCAAUUAUAAAAUUGCAUUGUCUUUCUGGUGCUGGGGAUGAAUCUCCACCGUGCUAUGUAUUGCAAGUGGACGAAUUCAAAUUCCUUUUGGAUUGCGGAUGGGACGAAAAGUUCGAUAUGGACUUUAUAAAGGAACUGAAACGACAUGUAAACAACAUUGAUGCAGUACUUCUCUCUCACUCUGACCCAUUACACCUUGGAGCAUUGCCCUAUGCAGUGGGUCAACUUGGCCUCAACUGCCCUAUAUAUGCCACCCUCCCCGUUUACAAGAUGGGGCAGAUGUUUAUGUACGAUCUCUACCAGUCCCAUAGGAAUGUGUCAGACUUUGAUCUGUUCACAUUAGAUGAUGUGGAUGCUGCAUUUGACAGGAUUACACAGUUGAAGUAUAAUCAGAGUAUUGAUAUGAAAGGCAAAGGCCUAGGCCUUCGCAUUACACCACUCCCCGCCGGUCACCUACUAGGUGGUACAGUGUGGCGCAUUGCCGCCCCGGGUGAAGAAGACAUAGUGUAUGCCCCUGACUUCAACCACAAGAAGGAAAGGCAUCUCAAUGGUUGUGAGAUAGAGAAAAUUACACGUCCAUCACUGUUAUUGCUUGGUGCAAUGAAUGCUGAUUAUGUUCAGCAAAGAAGAAGAUUGAGGGAUGAGAAACUGAUGACAACAAUUCUUACUACUCUUAGAGGAGGAGGUUCAGUACUUGUAUGUACAGACACAGCAGGGAGAGUCCUAGAGUUAGCACACAUGCUUGACCAGUUGUGGAGGAACAAGGAUUCAGGGCUUGUUGCAUAUUCCCUGCUACUGCUAUCCAAUGUCAGCUAUAAUGUUGUGGAGUUUGCUAAGUCACAGAUAGAAUGGAUGAGUGACAAGUUAACACGAGCAUUCGAAGGUGCCCGUAGCAACCCGUUUGCGCUACGACAUUUACAGCUAUGUCACUCAGUUGGUGAAGUGACCCGGACGCCAGGGCCUAAAGUUGUACUUGCCUCCUUCCCAGACUUAGAGACAGGCUUUGCCAGGGACUUGUUUCUAUUGUGGGCCCCACAUUCACAGAAUUCCAUCGUUUUGACUGCAAGAACGUCUCCAGGCACGCUAGCGCGGGACCUCAUAGAGAAAGGCGGCGAUCGGACGUUAGAGCUUACAGUUCGGAGACGAGUACGAUUGGAGGGAGCUGAACUAGAGGAGUUUCUACAGCAACAGAGAAUGAAGGUCAACAAUACUGUCAAAGAAGAAACAGGUGGUAUAUCAUCAGACUCCGAGUCGGAUAGCGAGUUGGAGAUGUGGGUAGUGACGGGACGACACGACAUCCCGGUGCGGAGCGACUCGCGACCCACGGGCUGCUUCAAGACCAACAAGCGACACCACGCCAUGUACCCGUGCCACGAGGAGCGGACCAGAGCUGACGACUAUGGAGAAGUUAUAAAGCCUGAAGACUAUAGACUGGCUGAAAUAGUCGAUGCUGAAGGAGAAAUACGCGACGUGCCUCCAGCGCCGCCGCAGAAACAGGAGCCCGACGUGGAAAUGACGGAAAUCCCGAGCAAGUGUGUGAGUUCAGUUCGCCAAGUACCCAUCCGAGCCAGCAUACAAUAUAUUGAGCUAGAGGGGCGCUGCGAUGGAGAGUCUCUGCUGCGAGUGGUGGCGCACGCCAAGCCCAGGGGCAUUGUGGGCCUCCGAGCCGGCACUUCAGCCCUGAUGACGUUGAAAAAGCACUGUGAAAGUGAAGGCAUAGAGAAAAUCUUCGUGCCAAACCGUGGAGAUACUAUAGAUGCUACGACUGAAUCACACAUCUAUCAGGUGAAACUGACGGACAGCUUGAUGUGUGGAGUGUCGUGGCGCAGCGCGGGAGACGCGGAGCUGGCCUGGCUCUCGGCCGUCAUCACGGCGCCGCGCGCGAGGGAGCCCAGCAGCGAAGACGCGGCGGACGACGAAAUGAUAUCGCUCGAAUCAGCCGGGCCUACCAGCGCGCCUCACGCGGCGUCGUUCAUCAACUCCGUGCGCCUGUCGGAGCUGAGGGCCGCCUUGGCUCGACUUGGCCUCAACGCAGAGUUCUCAGCCGGGGCGUUGGAGUGCUGCAACGGAACCAUUGCGAUACGACGGUUGGAGAACGGUCGCGUCGCUCUGGAGGGAGUACUUUCCGAAGAGUAUUACAAAGUGAGAGAACUCUUGUACGAUCAGUUUGCUAUCGUGUAAUAUUAAGGCUGAUUACUAGAAUAUAUAAAUAAAUAGACUUAUAUAAGUAAAU